UGCGCGAGCAGCGAGGAAGUAUUUAGGGAGGCGGGUUUGUUAGGUAGAGUUUAAAAACGUAAUGAUCUGCAAAAGAGCUUCCUAUUCAAGCAGUUCCAGUAUAUUAACCCAGGUAGAAGGUUUUAGGGAUUUACAGCUGCAAAUAUACUGUAUGCUGUAGUUACUGUUACUGCGGUUGUUAACUGAGAAAAAUGUGCAGUCUUUUGAAUCUGAUUCUAUUGUGUUUCUAUUCUCAGAUUGAUCAGACGCGAACUGGCUGCUUCGCUAAAGUCUUGCUCGGGAUGGAUGCGGUUAGAUGUGGUUGUUUUUUUGAAAAGGGCUUUUCUUUUUAGUAAGAGCAUGGUGCUAAAUCCUGAUCCACUGUUUUGUGCUAUGAGUCAUCACCAUUCAUUCUGUGCUAAGUAAUGCAUUUUAUGAUAGCAUAAAGAGUUCCUAGACGGCGAUCCAAUAAAGAAAACACUUAGGUCGUGUUAGCAGUUAGAGUUAAGGGUUUUUUUUUUAACUUUUCAAAAAGUAUCAUUUACCUGCAUUUCUUCAAGGAGCUCAGGGUAAUAUAUAGAGCCUCAUUUCUAAUGCUCUGAACAAAAGCUGGAAAGGAAGUUCCCAAGAAAGAACAUGAUUUCCUGGGGGUGGAGAUCGCAGAUACACUGGUGCAGUAAAUAUGUCUUCGGCAACAUAUCAGGGCAGAAGAAUCGAAGCCUCCGUUCACUUUCAAGGUGCUGCCAUCAGAAGACUUCAGGGAGCUGCCUCGAUCCAGAGAUAAGGACGUUUCUGGAAGAGAACACUGAAAUCAUCAGCUGUGGGAAUCUGACACCAGAAAUAAGGUUACGGCUUCUGACCCCUCGCUGCCGAUUCUGGAAGGAAAAAGCUGCCUUGUGGCCAUAUAAAGACCCCUAUUGGGCGAUCUACUGGCCUGGAGGUCAAGGACUAUCCAGAUACCUUCUUGAUAAUCCCAGCGUGGUCCGAACGAAGAGUGUUUUAGAUCUUGGAAGUGGCUGUGGGGCAACAGCAAUAGCAGCUGUGAUGAGCGGCGCCACGGAGGUCGUUGCCAACGACGUCGACCCUAUUGCAGGAGCUGCCUUAAUGCUGAACUGUGAAUUGAACAACCUGCAUCCCUUCCCUUUCUUGACGGGCAACCUGAUUGGGUCGGAUGUCUGUAAGUGGGACGUCGUUGUCCUAGGGGACAUGUUCUACAGUGAAGAACUUGCAAACAGUCUUCAUCAGUGGUUGAAGAAAUGUAUUUGCGCACAUGGGACCAAAGUGCUGAUUGGGGACCCUGGAAGACCUCACUUUGUGAGUCACCAGAUUCAGAGUCAGUUGCACAAAAUCACCGAGUAUGCUCUCCCAGAGUCCACCCAGCAAGAAAACUAUGGUUCAGCCAGCACCCUAGUAUGGAAUUACCGGCCUUGACUCUCAGUGGCCUUUAAACUUUAAAAUGCUGGAUUACAUUGUGUGACUGAAAACACUUUGCUGUUUCUGGCCCAUCCAAAUUGUGGCUGAAGCCCAUAAAUAAUUGUUCUGCGAAGACUCACCGGAAGAGCUUGUUCACACAAAGUGGGACAAAAGUAAUAAAAAUAUUUUUCUUAUAAUUCCCAUAUACCUUAGUGGAAACAAACUUGUGUGCGUGCCAAUAGGAGGCUGAUGUUUCUCCAGAACCUAGUGAAAAAUGGUUAAAUCCUUAGCUGCCUCAAGAUGACAGUGCUCUUCUGGUCCAGUCUACCCAUGAUGGGUAGAUGUCUACCCAUCCCACCUUUAUUCCAUCACAGUGUUAUGGAAAAAUAUUCUCAAAUAAGAUCUCUAAACAAGGCGGUCAGCAGCAAGCUGUUUAUUGAAUACACGACUACAGGCGUGGAGAAAGGGCACCUAGGGUGCGGUCUCUCAAGUCUGUGUCACAGCACAGCUUAUUUAAGACAUCCUAUACCGUCCCUCUUGUCUAAUCCUGGAUUGACACGGCGGGCUCACAAUCUCUUUUCCCUUACAUAGUACUUUCAAAGAAUUUUAGUUUUAGCUGAAUCAUCUCUUAAGACAUAUAUUGCAAACACACUUGAUUUUAGCUAUAAUAAUCACCAUAGGUGGCACUUUCCUGUUAUUGCAUUAGUUGCUGAUGUUAGCCGUUAUACUUAUUUCCCCAUAUCCUAUUUCCUUUCAUUAUGUCUUAUGUUCUACUUCCUCCUUAUUUCAUAACUGCUGUGGGUCAGCAACUUGUUAUAUUUCUUUAACAACCGAAUCCAAACCUUUGUAUAAGAAUUCUAAGAAAAUCUCUCAUCCAAGCACUGAUGGGGCCUCCUUGCCUUCAGUAAAGCGUUUCCAUCUUGAGCCUCCAAGCUGUAUCUUGGGGUGACAUGAAUAAUCUUUUGCUUCAGAGACUUUUCUUACAAAAGGAAUUUUGAUUGGGGAUCACAGAUGUUAAGGUCCAGCCCCUAAGUCUUAAACAGUUUGCAAUCUGAGUACAUUAUGGAUUGCAUUUACUGCCUAUAUUUCACAUUACAAAAUAUACAGGCUCAUCUGAGUUAUGUGUGCAUCAGGUAUGCAACAAUGAUGCUGAAGUUGGUUCCAAGUUCUUUAUUCACAUUUCCAAGGUCCUUAUUCGUGAACCCAAUCCCAAAUAUGGAGUAUAAUUUAAGAGCUUUGAACCCCAAAAUAAAGUUCGGACCACCAUACAUGAUAAACCCCCACAUGCUGGUUGCUCUGCCCACCAAGUGGAUUUAUGCUCUUUCCGGGUCCAAAACUCCGUUCUUGGGACUACUAUAUUUCUCAGAAAAACUUGGAGAGUCAGGGCAAGAAGAUUAAAGGAGAGAAAAAUUAAAAAUAAAAUAAGUGAAAGGAAGAUAAGAACAAACAAUAACUGGGAUAAUUCCCACUGAACUUGACCUGGAACGUUAAUUUAUUAGACGGAGUCAAUUAAGGGGGAGGAAGGGAACAACUUAAAGCAAACAACCAAGAAAUUUAAAUGAGGGUGAAAACGAACCCUUGAGAAGGGGAAAUAUAUUAGCUGCUUGUUUAUUUGUUAUAACAUAUGUUAAGUACAUGGGUCAACAUUUGACCAAAAGUGAAGGUCAAAAGUUAAUUUUUAUAGACAAAAACGGACUAUGUUGGAUUCCUAAGUGUUGAAAUGACUGAAUGUAAUAUGUAAAAUGUUUUAAAAUAAAAACCAUUUUUCCAGAACAAAA